AUUGCCGGGAUUACGAGUAUUUAGAAAAGUUGUUUCCCUAUACAACAGCAGAAUAAUAUUUUGCAAAUUUUGGUUCCAUUUGUGAGGUAAAUGACAGAAGGCAUCUUUUAGAGUGCGGUGUGGUGUGAGUGGAAAGGAAUUGUGUAUGAAAAGUGUGCGCGAUUGUAGGAAUCGCGCGGAAUACGGUUAUGGUGAAGGGAUGUGUGGUGGGUGAGACGCAUCACGAGUGGUAAAGUCGCAACGAUGAAUUUCUAGUGGAAUUGUGAAACAUGGUUCGGGGAAAUCUGGUGCAAUAAAAUAUUGCGACUCUUAAUAUUUGGGCCAGGAACAAACCUUUCCUUCACUUCAGACCUACAUCAAACAACGAGUUUUCUGAAUAUUAUAAAGGAUUUUAUCGGAACUUCAUUGAACCAAAGCUCCUGGCUGCAUUGCGUGGGAAUAUCCAUCCUCAGCUUCUAGCAAGACACACAAUUCUCAGCUUUAGACACUUUGAAGCGUCUUCGUUUCGGUCCAUCUUCAGCUCCUUCAUACACCCUGACGCGAGUUUUCGUCCCUUUGUUUGUGGGCUCCUUUUCCAUUUGUGCAUGCGGAAGUGGAAUGUGAAUCCUCAAUUUCGUGUGGCGUGUGUUCGAAUCAACUUUCAGGUAUUGAAGCAAAGUGGAUAAAUAAGGAUAAGGUCGCCGCCUGGGCACAUGUCGAAUGCUGUAAUUUAGAGGGAUUUGCGGACGGAUUAAGAGAGGAUAAUGCGAUGUCGCUUAUAUCGUCGAUUGACAGAAAUAACAACUAAGACUUAUGUAUAACUGCUAUGCCAUCACAAAAUCAUCCUCUAUAUCACUAGUAUCUUCUGGAACGUGCCAACCACAGCUACAGCCAUGUUGCCCUUCAGACAAUUAGUCCCCAGACAGUGGCAGCCACCCACCGAAAAACAAACAAACAAACUGGCGAGCUACGUAACAUGUACAACAUACACAAUUGGGGAUUCCAUUUAUUUUCUCAUUGAAUAAAAAGUAGAGUAAAUAAAAGCAAAAUCCAUUAUCGUAACGGAAAUUGUUCAGAUGAGUGCGAGGCUACAGUGCGCUCCCCUUUGCCACGGGGCUAAUUAGAAGAUUGGUGGAAGCAUUGGAAAAAUCCAAGACAGAAACGACUGCACGUGCUCAUGUUCAUGGAACCAGAUAGAAUAAGGCAACCCAAAUAGAUAAAAUAGACUGAAAGGACUAUCAAUUUCGAAAACAUUUAAAAAAAAAUCAACAGAAUUUGAUCCCAAUGGAGGCUUCGACAACGAACAAAACUGACUCCGCUACCGUGGAGAAUGGUCCACCGUCUGCAGGAAACGAUACAACUGACUUGGAAGCUUUCGACUAUUUUAAGGGCGCGGAUCCGGAUUCACCAUCCCAUGCAAUACUACGGGAGCUGUACCAAAGUUAUCUGAUGAAACAACGACGUCCUGGGCUUGUAUGCUUUCUAGUUGCGUCUAUAUUUUUCGAUCUUUGGGUAAUUGCAGUGCCGCAAGGACAAUCAAUUGUAGCAUUUGGCAUUACUGGUGCUGUCCUGGUGUUAAAUUUAUGCAUACUGUUAUUUAUCCGCUUGACGGAGGAUGGAAAAUGGACAUCGAUAGUGUGGAAGUAUAUUCCGGCAAUUUCAUGGACUUUGGCCAUUGCACAAAUUUCAUUUUAUAGCUUUUUGGAAACAUUUAUUACAACUAGGGAUAUUCUUGGAUGGUGGAUAUUGCUAUGCUUUUUGGUUAUAGUGACUAUUCCAAUACCAGACUUUUUGUCUGCACUCUUCUACACAGCCAACUUUUUCAUAAUAAUGUUUUUUGUACUGAUGGCAACGAUACGAGAGGUAUUCUGCUUCGAACAAAUUUUAGCGAUGACAUUCUUAACAGCACCUGCAGCUCUUAUCGGAGUUUGGGCCUAUGGUUUCUGGCAUUGCAAACAAAAACGUGCAUUUUUAGAAGCCAAGAAAAGCUUAGAAGUUAAAAUGGUUAUGGAGGAGCAAUCCGCCGAACAGGAACGUCUUCUGCUGUCAGUGCUGCCGGAACAUGUUGCCGUUAAAAUGAGGCAGGACUUGGGCUCCACGAAUUCCGAACAAUUUAAGAAGAUUUACAUGAGCAGGCAUGAAAACGUGAGUAUCCUCUACGCCGACAUCGUUGGUUUCACAGCAAUCUCGUCAACGUAUAGUGCACAGGACUUAGUGAAAAUGCUGAAUGAACUAUUCGCACGAUUCGACCGGCUGGCAGAGAAAUAUCAACAACUACGAAUUAAAAUCUUGGGCGACUGCUACUAUUGCAUUAGUGGAGCACCUGUGGAACGUCCAGACCAUGCGGUUCUAUGUGUACACAUGGGAUUAUCAAUGGUGAAAGCCAUUAAAUACGUUCAGCAAAAAACCAAUUCACCAGUCGACAUGCGAGUUGGAAUUCAUACGGGUGCUAUCCUGGCUGGAAUCCUGGGCCAACGGCAAUGGCAAUUCGACGUAUACUCAAAGGAUGUGGAGCUCGCCAAUAAGAUGGAGUCGAGCGGCAAAGCGGGGCGUGUCCAUAUUUCUGAGAAGACGCUUAGUUUCUUAAACGGUGAAUUCGAAGUAGAGCCUGCAUAUGGAGAGAAACGAGAGGAAGCUUUGAGGAUAGCGGGCCUAAAGACAUAUUUUAUAAAGAAAGUAUUAAAACCGUUUGUUUCGCCUUCGGUUGCGGAGAAAAAUGGGUCAGCGACUGUCAAUCACACAACAGAUGCAGCAGCCCCGGAGGAUGAGAGCCCAGCUGAAGUCAUUCCCGAUGAGGAUUCCAAAGCCAAUUCCCAAGAAGAUGACGUGAAUGCAGCAAAAAUGAAAGCAGCUGAUGACUUCAAGCAUCGACUGAGGAAAGAAUUGAUAUCAAGGGAUGGCCAUAAAGAUCUUUACAAGGACACGAAUAGGUUCUUGACUUUCAAGAACCCGGAAUUAGAAGCAGCGUAUGCAGCACAUCGGGAACCAUAUUCGUCCUGUCCACUAGUUGCAUUUAUAAUGAUAGAAAUAUUCAAUGCAAUGUAUUCAACGCAAAUUUUACCAAUAAUUAUAGCUCAUUAUCUCCUGAUUAUCAUCCCGACCAUAUUCAUUACCAUAUUAGUGGUAGUCUCCGUGGCAGAAAGCUGUUCGUUCAUGCCACCACCUUUAAUAAAAUUAAGUAAAAAAUUCAACGAUACACUAUGUCUUCGAAGGAUAGCUGCAAUGCUCAUAAUUAUAUUUUCAGGAGGCUUUCAUCUAUUUGAUAUGUAUAAUUACUCGCAUAUGAGAGCAAUCGAUCCAAACAUGACAACCAAUUUAACCUUAAGUGAUAACUACUUGAAUGAUAAACUUUUAGAAGAACUGAUAUUUCCGUCGUUUUUAACAAAUUUCUCAGUUUUAAUUCUAAUAUCUAUUGCAAUUGUAGCGCAAUUGUCUCAUAUCUGUAAGAUACUGUUCAUGUUCGUAAUUGCAACCCUAGAAUUUGGGAUAAACCUUCACAUUUUAGGAAACCACUUCCUAUUUGAAGAGCAACACAUUUUAAUCGGCCUACCAACAAGGUAUAAUGUAUCAUCGAUGCUCUUCCUAGUAACUUUUACCCUAUCGUUUUUAAGUCGAUAUAUGGAUAAGGAAGACAGAGUUAUAUUCAAAUGGCGAACAGAAGUAGCAGAACAAAAGGAGAAAGUCAGUGAUAUGCGUCGUCGCAAUGAAGCUUUAGUCUAUAAUGUCCUUCCAGUGCACGUAGCAGAGCAUUUUAUGAAAAAUAAGAAACGAUCGCAUGAUGAUCUGUACUCCCAAAGUUAUGCGGAAGUGGGGGUUUUAUUUGCUAGUAUGCCUAAUUUUACAGAUUUUUACUCAGAAGAGACUGUUAAUAACCAAGGAUUAGAGUGUCUUAGAUUUUUGAACGAAGUAAUAUCAGACUACGAUGCGCUUCUCGAAUUGCCCCAAUUUCAAGAUAUAAUUAAAAUUAAGACGAUUGGCUCAACAUACAUGGCUGCAAGUGGAUUAAAUCCGUCUCGCCAAGUGAAACCAGACGACCCAAUAAUAAUUCGAUGGGCACACUUAGCCCUUUUGGUCGAAUUCGCUCUAGAGCUGAAGAAGGCCCUUCAAGGAAUCAACGAGCAGAGCUUCAACCAUUUUGUACUGAAAAUGGGAAUAAAUCAUGGUCCUAUCACGGCCGGCGUAAUUGGUGCUAGAAAACCACAUUAUGAUAUUUGGGGUAAUACAGUCAACGUUGCCUCACGAAUGGAGAGCACGGGGAAAGCAGGGGCAAUACAGGUGACGGAAGAAACUUGCCAGAUAUUGCAAACUUUUGGAUAUACUUUUGAGCAAAGAGGCUUAGUUUCAGUGAAAGGCAAAGGACAGCUUAUGACGUAUUACCUUCAAGGAAAAACAGCUCGCCCCAAUGCUCCACAAUCCCCGAUAGUUCUGGGAAUAAAUACCAUGGAACCACUUCAGGAGGUCGAAGAACCGAGUGAAAGCCCAAAAAUUCUAAAAAACUCUUCACUUACCACAACUGCAACUGUGGCAUCAUCAGCCUGUGACUCCACUGAAUCACAACAAACUUCGAAUUGCAUUAACACUCAAUCAGAUCCACUAGCUGACAAGUGUUUUUCGAAUGCAAAUUCUGUUGAAACAUCAGAAGUUCAUCUUGAGGAGAAAAUCACCAAAAGUAACGAUCCGAGAUCGCCAAAGAACAACGCAAUCACGGCUGACAUGUUAGCUUUAAGUAGUACUUUAGAUCAAAGUUUUGAAAAAGUAGAACAACUAACAUCUUCAUCAGCAACGGCUGCAGCAGCCAGUAGGCAUCUUAACGGCUUAAAUAGUUCAGAUGUAGAUUUAGAUGUAGAUGCUAAGACACCACUUUUAAAUACGAAUAGCACGAAUAUAGAUUGUAGGGAAUAUAAUGGUAGUGAGAAAGACUCGCUGAUAGAGGCUCAAUAGAUCAAUUUUUAGAGAAAUUUUUCGGUUGAACUUGAGCUUGGUCUUAAUUAUUUGUGUAAUGUACAGUCAGGAUCAUGGAGUCCACCCAUUUCAUCCAGCUAUUCUCACAGGCCUCAAAACGAGCCGACUGGCUAGCAAAUCAAAUGACUGCACUUCAGAUAUUUCGUACAAGCUCACAUUUUUACUUUACGUUUCAUAAUGUGGAAUGCUCCUAAUUUUAGCAGUUUUUAAAGUUUAUUUUUAAGAUAUAUUUUAAUACUGAACAAGAUUUAGAUCUAUUUUCCAAUAGAAUACUCUGAACCUAAGUUUAGUUAGUUCAAUUUAGUUACAUAUUUCGAAAUACUCGAGAGUAGAACACCUAAAUGACCAUUUUGUCUAGCAAAUCCACGAAUAUAUGACAAUCGAAAUUUUAUACGUA